AUGGCCAUUGUUGAAGCCCGUGAUGCUAACGGGUCCGACCUGAUCUCUGCCCUUCAUCUUUCCCGACAGGCGCCGGCGAUCCUCGGCCACAAUCCUGCGCAUGCAGGAGUGGCUUCAUCUACUUCAUCUGCAGACACAGCGGAGGAGUAUGGGCGAAUCGAACAGCUCUUCCUUGCCUGUCUCCGUACCGGCGAUGAUCAAUCCGCGCACGCGUGUCUCGAUCGGUUGAGCCAUCGAUUUGGCCCCUCUAAUGAGCGAGUGAUGGGCCUCCGUGGCCUGUACGAAGAAGCGACCGCAAAGAACAAUUCAGCGCUGGAAAAGUGCCUGGAAGAAUACGAGAAGAUUCUUUCUGAGCAUCCCGUCAGUGUACCCAUUAUGAAGCGUCGGGUAGCUUUGCUGCGCUCACUAGCCCGGACCCCCGAUGCCAUAGCUGCCCUUCUCCAGCUCCUCGACGCGGUACCCACUGACGCUGAAGCUUGGUGCGAAUUGGCAGACCUAUAUCAGGCCCAGGGCCUCGGUGCCCAAGCAAUUUUCAGCCUCGAGGAAGCUCUGCUGAUAGCCCCGAAUGCUUGGAACGUCCACGCCCGCCUUGGGGAGCUUCUUUAUGUCUGCGCUUCGUCUGCCGAUAGCGAUGCACCCCGGCUUGCAGGUAAGUCGGUCCAACACUUCUGUCGCAGUAUUGAGCUCUGUGACGAUUACUUGCGGGGGUACUAUGGAUUGACUCUGGCCUCGUCGCUCAUGUUGGAAAAGGCAUAUGCGCAUGAGAAAUCCCCCGAGGCAGUCACAGCCUCUGAGAACACAUUGACACAAUUGCAAAAGCUUGGACUUCAGAAAUUGGGAGAUAUUGUGCGAUCACGCUCUGUUGAUGAUCAACACUGGGCAUCCAGUCGCAGUGAACUCAUUGCGGCGAAAGAAUUGUUGAAUCGCUUUGAAAAGUCGGGACGAUAG